UAAGUACAUAAUAUAUCUUCAUGGCCGUACCUUGCUCACACAUCAUUAUUUUCUUCUCUCAUCAUCUCACGAUAAUUAUUAUUUUCAUUUCUCAAAAAGAAGAUAAUUACAUGAUGAGGAAUUCGAAAACGUACAACAACAAAAUGUCUAUGGAGGAUCAAAGCAGCGUUCCUAGGAGACAAACGUUUGGUAGUAUGUUACAAUCCGAUCCAAAUCAUGAUGAAGAUGAAUAUGUUAAUUUUCGUACAUGUGAUCAAUCUGGCCUUGCAAAUUAUGAUCAUAAUCAUCGCGUUUCUGGAUUGAGUUCAGACUAUAAUAUGAUGAUCUCUCCUUCACCUUCAGAUGAAUGUUAUUAUUCAUUAUCGACUACUCCAUAUGUAACACCUUCUAUUGACCUAACAUCGUCUCCUUUAUCAAAAUCUCCAUGGUCCUCUCAUGUUGAAACUUAUCUAUAUACCGGCCUUAUUGGCUCUCUUGUUCGUGAAGAAGGACAUAUAUAUUCAUUAGCCGCUUCUGGGGACUUGUUAUAUACCGGAUCAGAUAGCAAAAAUAUUAGAAUAUGGAAAAGUCAAAAAGAAUUUGCAGGAUUCAAAUCAAAUAGUGGAUUGGUGAAGGCAAUAAUCAUUAGUGGAGAAAGAAUCUUCACCGGUCAUCAAGAUGGAAAGGUACGAGUGUGGAAGGUUUCUCCUAACGAUCCAAACAAUUACAGGAGGAUUGGAACGUUACCAACUUUGAAGGCAUAUAUAAAAAGUUCAAUGAAUCCGAAUAAUUACGUUGAAGUGAGAAGAAACAGAAACUCAGUGUGGAUAAGACAUUUUGAUGCUAUUUCAUCUCUUAGUAUGAGCGAAGAUCAAAAUCUAUUAUAUUCAGCAUCUUGGGAUAAAACCAUAAAAGUUUGGAGAGCAUCAGAUUUUAAGUGUUUAGAAUCAAUAAGUGCACAUGAAGAUGCAGUAAAUUCAGUAGUUGUUGGAUUUGAUGGAUUAGUCUUUUCAGGAUCAGCUGAUGGAACAGUAAAAGUUUGGAGAAGAGAAUUACAAGGUAAUAAAACUAAACACUUCUUUUCACAGACAUUGUUGAAUCAAGAAUGCGCGGUAACAUCUUUAGUUGUUGAUCCUAGUUCAAAUUUCCUCUAUUGUGGUUCAUCUGAUGGUUUUGUAAACUUUUGGGAACGCGCCAAGUUUUUGUCACACGGAGGAGUUCUCAGAGGUCAUAAAUCAGCUGUUCUUUGCUUAGCUACCGCGGGGAAUUUAGUAUUUAGUGGAUCAGCAGACACGAAUAUUUGUGUGUGGAGAAGAGAAGGUUGUGAUCAUAUAUGUUUAUCAGUGUUGAAAGGACAUUCAGGUCCUGUUAAGUGUAUGGCUGUUGAAGAAGAUCAUGGACCAACUAUUAAUGGUGAUCGACAAUUUAUCGUGUAUAGUGGUAGCCUCGAUAAAUCAGUGAAGAUUUGGAGAGUAUCACCAUGUCCGCCUCAUAUGCAAGUACAACUUCAAGAUCAAUCCCAAUGGGGUACAAGUUAGCAAAGACAAGUUCAUAAUGUAGAGUAAGUGGAUUCAGAAUGAGUUAUAUCAUAUAAUUACAUAUGAUAUAUUUCCUCAAUCUCAAUUUAUGUGACGUAAUUCAUCUAAAGAUGUGUUGUUUGUCAUAUUGAAAGGACUAAGGACGGACAAGGAAAUAAUAUGUCACAUAAAGUGAAAUGACGGAAGUACAUUUUUAUUUUUUAUAUGUAGUUCGGCAACCAUGCCAGCUCAACAACAUCAACCAGCCCCCAAUAGGGGUACGCGUUAGCAGAGCUAGGGGAAUUUAGUAAUGUAGAGUCAGCGAGGACAAAAUGAGUUAUGUAACCUUAUUAUUUGUGUUUUCUUAUUUUCAUAUGUAUAUAGUCUGGUUGAGAUGCAAGCACAUCAGAUUCAUAACAAGGAAGGAGCUAGUAGAGGCAAAUCUAGAAUGUAAAGUUAAUAUGUUCAAAAUGAGUAUGAUUGUAUUAUGUGUAUAUAUUUUUCUCCUCA